GAACUUUUGGUAACAUAGCACAUAUCUCGACAGAUGACCUGACUCGCAGUCCGCCUCUGGUCAUGUUAAUUCUCCACGAAUGUCAUUCAAACACACUGCCGACGUCAAACUCGCUGAUUUACCAUUCAGUCAUGAUUCUUAAAAAGGCCCUCCGACAGAUAUAAAUUCCGGGAUUAGUUCUUCGUCGGUGUUGUUACCAUAUGUUACACGUGCUUAUGAUCACGAGAACGACGAGCAAUUGAAUGAGACGCAUGGUCCUUGACAUUUCUAACCUUCGGUGGGGAUAACAUGGACAAUGAAGUACUUUGCCCCACUUUCUUUGGCUGUCGCCUUGGCCGGUGCCAGUCCUACAAAGCUCCAGAAACGUGCUGAUCCUCAAGGGAUUGAUAUCUCUGACUAUCAACCAACUGUCGACUGGAGCACUGUCGCCGCCAAUGGUGUGACUUUUGUGUACAUCAAGGCCACAGAGGGUACUUCAUAUAUUAGCCCCGCCUUUUCCGACCAGUACACCGGUGCAACAAACGCCGGCCUUACCCGUGGUGCUUACCACUUUGCACAUCCUGAUGAGUCCACGGGAGUAGUCCAGGCUCAGUACUUCCUCGAUAACGGAGGUGGAUGGUCCGCCGAUGGUAUCACCCUCCCAGGUGCACUUGACAUCGAGUACAACCCCGACGGUGCUGAAUGCUAUGGACUUAGUGCUGCAGAUAUGGUUUCUUGGGUCCAGGACUUCUCCAGCACUUACGAGGCAUCCACUGGCCGCUAUCCAGUGAUAUACACGACUACGGACUGGUGGACCACCUGCACUGGCAACAGUGCCAGCUUCGCCGACAAUAACCCGCUUUGGAUUGCUGAUUAUGCAUCUACCAUUGGUACACUUCCAGCUGGAUGGGAGUACACCACGUUCUGGCAGUACGCUGAUUCGGGAACAAAUCCUGGAGAUCAAGACUACUUCAACGGCGACGCUGCUGGCCUUAAGAGCAUGGCUACUGGCUGAAUGCUUGCUUAUUCGAGACAGUAAACACUUAGCAGGUUAUAUAUGUUUUUAUCUGUGAAUUGGUUGUAUUCAUUUUGUCAAAGCAUUGCAAAUCUGUUACGGUCCUACUAACAUGUACACAGCAGGAUGUAUUUCUGUGGAAAAUGGGUUCUACAGACUGACGAUAAGCCUUAUUGAGUCGUAAAGGAUGGUAUUCAGCUAUAGACUCAUUCUCGAGUUAGUCAAGUCAGG